GAAAAAGUUAAUGAGCUGUAAACACGUAGUGUCUCGGCUCUUGAUAUUUUGUCUAUUACCAGUGAAACUACCAGUUUUUAAUUAUAGUUAAAGUGAUCAAACUAACUUUAAACUACACAGGUUUAUGGAUUAUAAACAAUUUACCAGUUUUGUUUUUUGCGGGAAACGAAAGUAAUUAGUUUCGGUAGUACCGUAAAUAAAUUAUCAAUAUGUCAUCAGAUGUUACUAUACAGGAUGUCCCAGCGAAUAAAUCUUAUUCUACCGCAGCUUCACAGCAAAAUUUCUUCCCAGGAAAAGAAAACGCAAUACUUUUUAGCGCUAUUAAUAAUACACCACUGCAAGAUUAUCUUAUUUCUUUAGGUAAUUUAAUAAAUCCCAAAAAUAUCUUAUUCUCGUCUCGCCUAUCUAAUAAUCGAAUAUGCAUGUAUUUAAGUUGCAUGCAAGCUGUUGAGGAUUUUAUGACAAACUAUGGUUCUAUACAGGUAAAUGGAGAAACAGUCAGGGCCAGAAGGCUCAUAACGCCUGCAGAAAGAAUAGUACUAUCAAAUGUUUGUCCAAGUAUCCCACACGAAGUAAUCAUCCAAGAAUUAAAACAUCUCGGCCUAAACUUAGUUUCUCCAAUCACUUUCCUAAAGAUCAGUGCCUCUCUUCCAGAAUAUAGCCAUAUAAAAAGUUUUAGAAGGCAAGUGUUUAUUAGUCCGCAUAACACGACGAUCCCAGAUUCAAUUCUUCUGAAUUAUGAUAAUACUAAUUAUAGAAUAUUCAUUUCGCAGGAUAGUAUGACAUGCUAUAUCUGUAAACAAAUAAAUCACAUUGCUAGUAACUGUCCAAGCAAUAAAAAUUCUUCUUCUCAGCCUUCAGGACCCUUAACUCCCCCUACUGUUCAAUCUUCUGACUCUCCUACCAAUGCUGGUAAUCAAGUAGACCAAACUUCUAAUAAUGAUCAAAAUAAAAAUACCGAAAUAUUUCCACAAGUAUCCAUACCAAACACCUCUAACUCUACAUCAGUGGAAAUUAUACAGCCCGUUUCUGAAGCAACCCAAGAUUUAAAAACUAACGAAAAUACUCCACUGGAAUCUUCUGCUACAGCCGAAAAUAUAGAGAUAAUUUCACAGACUUCACUAGCGAUCACGAAAGAAUCACCCUGUCCCUCCACCAAACGAACCAUAGAGGAAACAUUAUCUCCACCUGUUGAAAAUGUCGUUGAUAAUCAAACAUUUCUUCUUCCUGCUCAGCCUCAUAAAACAAAAACUCAAAAGAAUAAAAAACCUAAACGCUCAUUACCUAUCCCCGAAUCACUUGAAUCAUAUCUAAGUAAACAAUCAACACCGUCCAUUUUAAGCUAUGACCAAUUAAUGAUGCUUAUUGAAAAUAUUCAAGGCAGCCAAUCUCCUAUCGAAAUUGUUAAAGAAUUCACAUCUGAUUUCCUUGGUCUCGUAAAUUUGCUUACCGUCUCUUAUCAAUAUAUUCCAGAUAGAGCCACAAAAUAUCGUUUUACAAGGCUAAAAACCCUACUGCUACGUUUUCUCGGUGAAGAAGCUACUACUGAGAGUGAACUCUCUUCAACUGAAACAUAACAUUCAACUCGAUUUUACAGUGGAAUGUUGAUGGGCUUUUCCAUCGCUUACCAAUGCUCAAUAUCAUUCAAUCAGAACACUGUCCCGAAAUUAUAUGUCUACAGGAAACUAAUCAUGUAUCUUCUAACCCAUAUUCGCAAAUACAUUUUACAUGCUUUCGUAAAGACCGAACUAACACAGCUCGCGCAAGUGAGGGAGUUGCAAUUUUAGUACCACUUAUUUCGACUUUCCCGCAGUCGUUGGAGUUUCACUUAUCUCAACAAAAUGGUAGAAUAGUCAACUUCAUUUGGACUCCUUGGAAAUGAAGAUGCAGACUCAAGUGCGCGUAGUGCAGUGACUGGUGCGGAUUCAGAAACGGUAUUACAAUAUGCCCCUAAUGACUUGAAAGUGUUGUUAAAACAAUAUGUGUUAAAUGACUGGCUCGAUGAAUGGCAAAACUCAAAUUUAAAACUUAGACCAAUUAAAGACACAGUAAAAAGAGUCAAAACAGUUUAUAAAAGUUGUUAUGAGCAAGCAGUUUUCAACCGCCUACGACUAGGCCAUACCAGGCUUACUUACUCAUAUUUGGUCUCAAGAUCUGAACCACCUAUUUGUGAAUCGUGUAACACACAAGUAACUGUCAAACAUUGAAUGCCAAAAAUAUACACAAGAACGUAUUGAUUUUAAUAUCGUAUCAAAUAUGUCUGUUCUGGGUGCCAAUAAUAAAGAACCAAAAAUUUAAUUGACUUUUUAAAAACAGUUGGUGUAUUCAAUAAAAUAUAACAAGUUUUUGUAGAUAAUGCAUGUAACCUUACCAUUGUACUAUACUUAUAUUGUACCACAUUUUUGUUUAACCUAUGUAUUGUUCCGUCGCUAAUAACCAUUAGGUGGAUGCGACUUUUUCUUAAUAAAAAAAAAAAAAA